CUCUGGACACGCUCCAGGGCAUCAAUGUCUUUCUUGUAGUGAGGGACCUAGAACUGAACACAGUCCUUGAGGUGUGGCCUUACCAGUGCUGUCAAGGACAACAGGAAGGGCUUCUUCAAAUACACUGCAGACAAAACUAACACUAGAGGCAAUGUAGGCCCACUGGUGAAUGAGGUGGGUCCUGGAUAACAGAAGAUACAGAGAAGGGAGAGUUACUAAAUGCCUUUUUUGUCUAUAUUGCUGGAGGCUGUCCUGAAGAACCUAGAUCUACAUUGCUCAAAGAUAAGCAGUUAUACCAGUGCCUGGAAUGAUAGCUUAUCAGAAUCCUGAAGUAGUAGGGGCACUGACUUUGAUGGUCCCCCUCAACCCCCCUCCAACUGCUCUCUUGCUUACCCUCCUCACAGUGGUGGGGUGAAUGAUAUGAUGAAACAACUCAGCUAAGGAGGGGGAGGUCACACACCAGGUACAACUCUGCACAAAGCAGUUUCAGUUUGAAGAGGAUUCAUUUAAUUAUCCAUUAAAAAGGAACUGGGAUAGUGAGAACUAAAAGCAAACUCAAACCACUUUCCCAUUCUCACUUGUGCCUAACUCUUUGAAGUAAGAUGUGUUUGAAGUAAGGAUGGCAGCAGCACAUCUCAGGGAUGGUCUGCAAGCUGGUACAUGUGUUCACUUGUUGUUAAAGUUCCAAUUGUAUGUAUUUUUUGAUUAUACACAAGUUAUGUCCAUAAAUCACCCCACCCCCAUGCUGGGGGCUACUGCCAGCCUACUUCCAUACGGGGUUGUGACAUCACAGAGUUAUCCCCACCCGCCGGACUAUGAUCUCAUGGCUCUGCCCAUGUAAGCCAGCGCCAGCACUUUGUCUCUCCCAAUGUGGUCGUGACCAGCUUAGAGCGAUGGUUGUCGACAGCUUUCUCCUUAUCCCCAGCCUCCUGCUCCUGGUGGCUGGGGUGUCUCUGCUCACCAUUUCCUGGCGCCGACAGGGUUCUGACCGGCGCCAGCAAUGGUGGACGCGGUGGCUGCAAGUGGUGGUAUCAAAGUCAGGUGAGUCCCCUGUGGGUCAGCCUGGCACAUUCGCAGGCAGGACCAGCUCCCUGGGAGAAGCCAAGCUUCGUACCAGUCUCUGUCAUGUAGCAGCCAGGCCGGGUGGGCCUGGAAGAUCACCGGUGCCCCCUGCCCUACUGUGGCUCAGACCUGCUCCUUGUUUUACAGGUGCUGAGAGGCAGGCAGGCAGGCACAGGAGCCUCCGGUGCAAGCCACAUUGCUCCCAGCAGCAAGCAUCAGGAUGGAAGGGCAAUCCCAUCCUGCCCCAUCCCAUCCAGUCAGGAAAGACCUGGCCUUUGUUGCUGCGCACUCUAUGUCCCUCUCUUCAUAUGGACUCUGCCACUGGUACCACAAGCUCUGUGGGGAAACCCAGCAGGCUUCCCAGACAGGACCAGUGCCCGCAGGUUCUGGUGGCACCCGGGAUCCCCAGGACGCUCAGUCAGCGUCCUAGGCUAGGCGGUGGAGUUGAAGACCUGCCAUCUGAGAUCUCCAGCUUCACAAAGCCACCAGUGAAAGGGAUGGUCUUCCAGGAGGGCCUCGUUCAAACAGAGGAGAGAAAACGCCGGUGGGACUACGAGACCAAGAGGCUUUUUUGGCGUAUGCGCUCCCCAGCACUUCCCAAAGUGCACAAGAAACCAGGAGCAGCAGCAAGACCCUCCCAAGGACCAGCUCUGAGCCUGGAGAAAGAAGCAGAUAGCAAAACUGAAACCUGCCAGCCCUUCAACUCUGGCCUCAGAGACAAGAGGAGCACUGAGAAAUCGGACAUGCUCGCUAUGGAAAGUCUGUACCAGCAGCUCCUGGUGUCCCUAAACAGGCCCAAGACUAACAAGUCCGGCAGUGAAACUGAAGAGCAACCACCUGUAACCUCUUCCUGCACGCUGGCACCAGUGAAAGGGGCAAUCAUGCACAAGAACAUCCUUCAAACAGAGGCGGGGAAAUGCUGGUGGAAGAGUGAGGCCAAGAGGUCUUCUGAGUACUGUUUUGCCUCCCCAGCACUUCCCAGAGUUUAGAUGGAAGCUGGAGAAGCUGCAGGACCAACAGCAGGGCCAGCUUCAAGCCUGCAGAAAAGGAGACAGCAGAACUGAAACCUGCCAGCACCUAAAUACUGCUGUCAUUGUAUGGAUUUAUUGUUGGCACACCAAGAGAGAACUGAAUCUCAGACACAAGAUCAUCAUUUGCAUCAUACCAUUUCAGUUUGAGGUCUUUCAGAAUUUUAAAAUGAUAAUUUAAUAAAAGUCACACUAUUCU